CACACACACACACACACACACACUCACAGCUCGAGCAUUUACACCGACUCUGUCCCAGGUGCGUGUGGAAUACACUGGACUUUAUUUUAUUACUGCAUUCUUAAUUUAAUUCUCAGAAUGAGUGCUCGUCUAUGGACGGAGGAGCAGUUUAACUGCCCCGUCUGUCUGGAUCUGCCCUCUGACCCCGUGACCAUCCCGUGUGGUCACAGUUACUGCAUGGCCUGCAUCGCAGAUUACUGGGACAAUGAAGGCAGGAAAAACGGCACCUACAGCUGUCCGGAGUGCCGGCAGAACUUCAACCCUCGUCCCACUCUCUGCAGGAACACCAUGCUGGCCGAAGCCGUGGAGCAGCUCCGCCGAGGGGCCCUCAGCUCCACGGGGCGAGAGUCCAUCAAGAGCGCCCGGAGCGCCGCGUCCUCCGCGUCUGAGCGUGCGCGCACACGGAGCAAAGGGGCCUCCAAAAAGCUGCCAGGUUCGGCGGUGCCCUGUGACCGCUGCCCGGAGCCCAGAGCGGCAGUGAAGACGUGUUUGGUGUGCAUGGCAUCGUUCUGCGAGACUCACCUGAAGCCUCACAACACGCAGGAGAAGCUGAAGAACCACGAGCUGAUCGCGCCCACCGGUGACCUGAGUCAGAAGAUCUGCCCCGAGCACAAGUACCUGCAGGAGUUCUUCUGCCGCUCCUGUCACAUGUACGUGUGCUGGCUGUGCACCAGUAACCAGCACAAGGGCCACGAGAGCGUCUCCACACAGGCUGAGAGAAACGAGAAGCAGAAAGAGCUGGGUGCAGUUCUGUCUGAGAACCAUCAGCGACUCCAGGACAGAGAGAGAGAACUGAAAGACAUGAAGAAAGUCUUAGACACACUCACGAGGUCCUCAGAAACAGUGCGGGACGAGGCAGACAUGGUCCUGUCGGAGCUCCAGGAGUCAGUGCAGCGGAUGCUGGAGCUGCUGCAGGACGUGAUGGUCUCCACUGCGCAGGAGAAACUCAACGAGGCCCAGGAAGUGGUGACCAAACUGGAGGCCGAAGUCAAACAGCUGAAGAAAAAAGACGGAGAACUGAAAGAGCUCAUCAACUGCCAGGACAGUAUCUACUUCCUGAAGACGUAUCAGUCUCUGUGCUGCCCGCUGGAAGGAGGAGAUCUGGGAGCUGUGACCGCGAACCCUGAAGCCACGUUUGAUCCUGUCAGGAGCGUCGUCGUCCAGCUGAGGGAGAAGGUGGAGGAGAUGUGUGACCAGGAGCUGGACAAGAUCAACAAGACAGUGUACAACACCACAGCGUUCACAGUUGCAGACCGCAACGGACAGAAAACAGGAGGCAUAAUGAAACUGUUUUCUGGAAAAGGAGCCAGAGCCACUCGUGCACAAGGACCCCCACCACUGCCUUCAGUAAGCACACGAGGAGCAGUGAACACGCGUGCACAAGCUGUCAGAAACAAUGAGCCAAGAGUUAACAGAGGUGUUACAAACUCCCCAAGACAAGCCAGAUCCCCGAGAGAGGAGAGAGAUGACAUUUUUCACUCUGCAGCUGACAGGAGUCGCAGUUCACUGAGACCAAGAGAAACACAAAGGAGAGAGGAAAGAGAAAACAAUGCAGACACCUGGAGUUUAAGUUCUGUUAGAUCAAGAGGGAGACCGAGAGGAGAAGACAGAGAUCAGGAAAGAGAAAACCAGGCCUCUCAAAGACGUCAAAGCACACAGAGCAGAAACACACUUGAUGAAGAACAAGCGGACCGCUGGAGUUUGAGUUCAAUCAGACCGAGACUGAGGAGAGAGGAUAGAGAACAAGUCAAUGGAGAAGCUCAGCCUGGUCCCUCACAGCAGAGAUCAAGCGCUGUGGACAGACAGCAGCCGGCCAGACAAUCGGACAGAUGGAGUCUGAGCUCUCUCUUACCUAGAAACAGGAAGAAGAGACAGGACACAGUGAAAGAGGCCACACCCACUAUCCAGGAGGCGGGGUCAGUGAGACCUCGUAGCCUCUCCCGUGCCAGUGCUUGGGGAGAGCCAACAGAAGUGAAUCCUGGGCUGUUCCUGGACUCACCUACUGACAGGCCAGGCGUCAAUCCUGCUUUUCCCACACUGAGAGAAAUUAACAUUGACAGUAUUCAGGCCCCCGAGCCCAGAACCAGAGACGAGUUCCUGGAAUAUGCUUGUGAUUUGACCCUGGAUCCAAACACGGCCCACCGGCGUCUGGUCUUGUCUGAUGGAGACACCGUGGCCACGCUUCAGCAGACGUCUCAGCCGUACCCCGACCUCCCGCAGCGCUUCGACGGCUGGACGCAGGUGCUCUGUCUCCAGCCCCUCUCCUCCGACCGCUGCUACUGGGAGGUGGAGUGGAGGGGGCGUGGCUCCUCUCUGGGUGUGGUCAGUGGAUCCAUGUCCCGCAAAGGGGCGGAUUCAGGGGCGGGGCUUGGGUAUAACAGCCAAUCGUGGAGCUUGGAGCUGUCAGACAUGUGCUGCGCAGCCAUGCACGCCAAUCAGAAGGUGGAGAUCCCUGUGACCUACAGCCCUCGAGUCGGGGUGUUUCUGGACAGGACCGCAGGGACUCUGACUUUCUAUAGCGUGGAUGACGAGUUGGUUCCUCUCCAUGCUUUUCAAGGGUCAUUCCCACCACCGCUGUACGCUGCGUUCGGGGUGGGCUGUGGGGUCGGCGUGGGGCUGGAUUUUGCCAUGGGACAGUUCAGCUCCACGUCAGACAGCAUUAAGAUCUGUACCUUGUGAACUGAGUGAAUCUCACAAAAAUAAUAUGCAGGUCAUUUUUCACCCCAAAAUCAAAAGGAAGAAAAGAGUGAAUUAUAUUUUGCAAGAAAAUGAAGCCUAUUGGUAAGACCAAAAUAAUUUUUCAUAAAGAUUCAGUACUUCCCCUCCAAAUUUAUAUUACCAUGUUUCUUGUAACAUUUUUGUACAAUUAUGAUUUUCAUUUCUGCAAUACAAGAUAUAUAUUUUUUUAAAUCUGCAAAAAUAAAAUGCAUAUAUAUAAAAAUUAUAGUAAUGAGAAGUGAGAUAUAAUUAUGAUUAAUUGUCAUAAAAAUUGCAUGUUUUUCCUAACCGUUUUUGGGAUCAGGAUUGAAUGGUUAUGGCAAAUAAUUACUAAUAUAAAUUAUUACAAUUAUUAUUAAAUGAAAUUACAUAAAUUCAAUAAUAAUAAAAGAUAAGCAUAUUUUCACUUUCAUAGCUUAUAACUCAACAUUUGUUUGUAAUUCUCAUUAUUCAAUUAUGAUUUUAAUUUUGGCAGUACAGCAAGAUUUGUAAAUCUGCAAAAACCUAAUAUUUUAUUUAUAGUAAUAACAAUGAUAAUAUUACAAUAAAUUAAAAAAUGUGGCUUUAAUUCUAAAGCUGUGUUUAAUUUUUUUUUUAUGCAAAAUGUAAUUUAUUUUUCUCUUUUAGACAUGUUUGUCCACCCUUUAAGGAAUAAAAAUUGUUUGGUUAUGGCAAAAUAUUAACAAAAUAACUUGUGCAUAAGGGAAAUCAUUUGUACUUUCACUAUAAUAUACCAAAAAUGUUUGUAAAUGUAAAAUAAACUUGAAUAAAAAAAUAAUUUUUAGCUCCUGUGUAUAGUUCUCAAACUCCUGAAUGAAAUUACAGGAACACUGACAUUAUUUGUUUUUUAUUAUAUGUAUAUAUAUAAAAACAACCACAACAUAAUGAUACUAAUACAGGGUUCUGACAGCUAAACACAGAAAAACACACCAAGGCUGUGGUUACUAUGUCAGCAGCACAAAAGAAAUCACCUGGUGCUUGAUGUCACAACUUGUGGCAUCAUCUUCUAGCAUUGACCUUUGACCUCAAUGGCAGCAGAGCUUGAUGACAUCAACAGCAGGAUGUAAAUAAGGACACUUUGAUACAGAAAUCAAACCAUGCGUUUAGUACCAUACACUUCAGCUGGGAUUAGAGAUAAAGCUAGUGAUGUAUAGAUGCAGCAAGCAUGCUGGUAUUGUUCUGAAGGAUGCGAUUCAUUUGACCAAGUGUAGAUUGUGUUCUUGGCAAAGCUGACAAAAGCUUAUUAAAUGUCUUUCCUGUAACAGUUUCUGAACCAAACUGAUGGUUUUCCCUGUGCUGUCAUUAUGCCAUUUACUAGAAAGCACAAAAGGUCAGUUUACCAC